AUGGGAAUCUCUAAUAACUCAUUUCUGGACCCGACAACAGUGACUCUGGUUGGAAUCCCUGGACUUGCACAUCUACACUUCUGGAUUGGAUUCCCUUUUUGCAUCCUUUGCAUAGAAGCCCUGCUGGGGAAUGUCCUCCUAUUGACCAUCAUCUCAAGGGAGCGUAGCCUUCACCAGCCUAUGUACAUCUUCAUGGCUAUGCUAGCUGCAACUGACCUGGGCCUAUGUGUUGCCAUAGCCCCCAAGAUGCUGGCUAUCUUCUGGUUCAGUGCCUGCACCAUGGCCUUCCAUGCCUGCCUCACUCAGCUAUUCUUCAUUCAUACCUUACAAGGGAUGGAGUCAGGCAUCUUGCUGGCCAUGGCCUUUGACCGCUAUGUGGCAAUUUGUGAUCCUCUUAGGCAUUCAGUCAUCCUCACACCAACCAUCCUAAGUCGAAUAAUAUUGACAGUGGUAGUAAGAGCUGUUGUAUUGGUUGGCUUAUUGCCCAUCCUGAUUAGACGUUUGCACUUCCAUACCACUAUCAUAGCCCACUCUUACUGUGAGCACAUGGCUGUGGUCAAGUUGGUGGCUGGGAAUGCCCAGAUAAAUAAGUCCUUUGGAUUGUUUGUUGCAUUUGCUAUCCUGGGUUUUGACAUGGUUUUUGUCCUUGUUUCCUACACCCUAAUCAUCUGGACAGUUUUUCACCUACCUCAGAAGGAGGCACGAUUGAAAGCACUCAACACCUGCACAGCCCACAUCUUUGUCUUCCUUGAAUUCUAUGCCUUGGCUUUCUUCUCUUUUUUUAGCCAUCGUUUUGGCCGUGUGGUUCCUUUUGCCCACAUUCUUCUGUCUACUCUCUAUCUCCUUGUGCCUCCUGCUCUCAACCCCAUUGUUUACGGAGUGAAAACCAAGGAAAUCCGUGUCAAAGUGAUAAGAAUAUUCACUCCAAACAACAAUUUCCUGCACUGA